CAUUUUUUUUCGCGCGUAUUCCCUAUUCCCUCCGCCUGCCUCCGCACUCCGCCCUCCACUCCGCUGACAGUCCGCUUCGACUUGCUCCGCGGCUUUGCGUUCCGGUCUACCUUGCUACGUCGUUCGAACUCCUCGACUCCUUUCCACUCCUUUCUGCCCUACAAGAAGCUGCGACUUACGAUGUCAGAGCAUGACGAUACCUUACUGGACGAAGAUCUUGGGGACGAGGAAUAUGAUCUGGGUAACGACGAGGAGGAGGCUCUCCUAGCAGAUGACUAUGAACUGGAAAGGCAGAAUAGCUAUAAGGGAGAAGAGGAAACAGAUGAUGUACUGGACUUAGGAGUCACGGACGCGCUCGACGACUUAGACGCCGAAGACGAAAAUAUAGAGUUUAGUAGAGGCAAUACUGAUAAACGUAGCGAUAACGAUUUCUAUAAAGACGGCGACCAUCCGGAGGCACAGUCGACGUCGUCGUAUUACGAGCAGGACGAGAAUGCCGAUUACGCGAACGAGCACGAGGCGUUGCCUCAGUCCAGCAGAAAUUCGGAAUCGAGUAGCGUUAACAUUUCUAAUAUCGGCAAGGGUGAUCUGCGCGAGAAGUUGCAGAAAAAUGUACAGAAGAGCAUGUACGUCGGCAACGGGCAAGGAAUGGAAGAUGACGACUGCGAGGAGGCGAAGGAAAGGCGGAACAGAUUUCAAAACGAGCGCACGAUGAUUUCUCCAAAGAUGAACAAUGAUAUUCCGGAUACCUUAGAGAACGUCCUCACAUCGGAGCCAUCCAGAAUGCCGUUCAGAGGAAGAGGACGGGGUCGUGGGACAAGAGGAAGCAGAGGAGGACGAUUUAUUUUACAAAAUACUGGAAAUUUCAAUCCAAGGUUUGGUACGACACGGCCGAGUUUUGAAAAUCAACCGCCUGCGUGCAGACCGCCACUAAUACAGACCAGACCGUGUGGUUCUCUCCUUGGCGUACCAAGUAACAUACAAACUCAGCAGCUAAUAUACCAACAAGCUAAUCCACAACAAUCCUUUCAACAGCCCUUCGGCCCGAAUGGUCCGAUGCAAGGGCCGCCGCCGGCGCAAUUCGUGGAGAAUAGGCCGCAGUUCAAUCCCGGACAGUUCCAAGGCCUUUUGGGACCGCGGCCAAUUAGUUCGAGGCUACCUGAGUAUGGACCCAGAGGUCCUUUGACAGGGGGAUCAAUGCAGGGACCGAACUAUAAUUGUCCGCCCAAUCAGCCACCGUAUCACUCGCAACCGCCGAUGCAACCGCCGUUCCAAAAUCCAGCUGGCAUUAUGCAGGAGAACCGGCCGUUGCAGGAGAACCGGCCGAUGCAGGAGAACCGGCUGAUGCAGGAGAACCGGCUGAUGCAGGAGAACCGGCCGAUGCAGGGUAAUCAGGGGCCUUUAUUGCAAGGUAACCCGGGUGGUGGAUCGCUCCUCGGUAAUCCGAACAUGCUGCUGCCCGGGAAUCCGCCGAAUAUGCUGCCACCGGGGGGAAACCUGCCGAUGCCGCCUAUGCAGGGAUUCCCGCGCCAGCAGCCCGCCCAGGGUCCACCCAUGCAAAACCUGCCGCCGAACGUGCAAAUUCCUAGUCAGCCGCCCUUCGAGAACAGACUGCCGCCGUUCCAAGAACCGCAGUUCGAAGGCCGAAGCGCCUACGACGCAAGGGCUGGUUACCAUCCCGAUCAAGUACCCAAUAGCCAAUUUAAUAAUACGAUGCCACCGGUACCACAACAGUCGGUAUCUAAUGUGUCACACAGUGUGUCGUCUUUGCCUCCAGGCCACAAGAUUCUAAUAAACCCUCAUUUCAGAGGCACCGUUCAGCCUGCGAACGACUCUCGACUCGUAUGGGAUUCUAAUCAGCAAGUCCAACCACAAGCUUCUCACAGCGGGCAAUUUCCACAACCUCACCCGUCGUAUCAGAAUCAGGGAUCGUACAAUCAGUCUCCUCAACAAGGUCCAUCGCAGAACUAUCAACAGAACUAUCAGCAAAAUAAAAGUGAUGACCCGUAUGCAUAUUUUUCUGACGUGUGGCAAGAAAAUAGACCACAGAGACCUCAAAAUAUGAGCCCGCCGAGCAAGCAUUAUCCUUCAGAUAGCAAUUAUUCUCGCGAAAGUAAUUAUAGCGAUAGUAAAUAUAAAUCGGAGGGUCAAUGGGAUCAAAAGGACAAUUAUCAAGAGGAUCACAGAGGAUCUCAACAGAGUUACCGAGAAAGAGAUUUGCCGCUACGAACAAGAAACGAUCACGUGCAGAGAAGCAGAACGCCGCCGAAUGUGUAUCGCAGCGAUCCUUAUGACCAAAAGACCUCUAGGCCUCCGAUAAACGUUGCGUCUCGCGGAGUGAGCAGGCUUCCACAAAAGAGGAUUUCUGACUCCUUGGAUAAAGGGCCGCGGGAAAUGAGCCCGAAACGCAGUAAGCCGCCUAACAGAAAUCUUCAAGAGGUGCGAAGAGUAGAUACAGUAAAUGAAACCGUUGCUGACAAGGAAGAAGAUAAUGAUCCAGAGAUGCAGGAAUACCGCAAGAAAAUGGAGGAGCAAAAACGACUUCGAGAAAAAUUGUUACGUGAGAAGGAGAACAGGCGUAAGAUGGCCGCGAUAGAGAAACAAAAUGAGGAUGCGAAGACUGACUCGAGUAUUGCCGCAGCAAAUGAGAAUACGCAGCAAGAAGCGAAACCUGUGCCGACGCGAUUUGUAAAUGACAGCGCUGUUAAAACUCACCCUGUUGUUGCCAAAGGACGCAAUCGUCCUGUCAAUACACAGAGCACAGAGGCAGUGGACAGACCUUCUAAUGUGCGAAUUAUCAGAACGAUACAAACCAACGAUUUAUCCGACAUGAGUGGUUCAAAAAGUAAUUCCGCACAUGCGACUAAUCAAGCCAGCGAUAUUAUACAAACAAGGCAAGUGGUGCAACAGUCUGGCGUGCGAAGAGUUGUGAUACAGAAGCCUCUGCUGAAUUCACAAAAGAUCGCCACAACGAUUCAAAAAACUGUCUCCAAUCUGCAAAAGAGUCAGGGACUACAGCAGAAAAUAUCUAAUACGCAAGUCAUACAGACGCAGAAAGUUUUACAGAAUCAGGGUAAUAUGUUACAAAAGUCUGCGGUCGUCGGUUCGAAAGCAGCAGUCGUCAAUCAGAGAAUAGUAGCGCAUAAAACGCCGGGUGGUCUGCAAAAGACCGUGAUUAAUGACAGCGCAAAUGUUCACGGCCAGAAAGUCACGAAUGCGCAGCAAAAUCCCCAGCGAAUUGUGCUGCAGAAGUCUGCGGUUCAAGCGAAAAAGUUACCCGAGAUAAAGACAAACACAGUUAAAUUAGAAAAUUUGGCCGCGAGCACGUCUGAGACCCAAAUCAGACGUAUGUGUCAAGCCAUCGGAACCAUUGAGAGCAUACGCAUGGGCGAGGGUAGUGCGACCAUUGUGUUUAAGACGCAAUCUGCCGCUAUGGUGUUUCACAAGAAAUACCAGCGUAAAAUGCUCGAUUUAUCGCUGAUAACCGUACGUCUCGUGCCGCAAAGUGCAUCCGGGAAUAAAGCGGUCACAGCGGUCACAAAGAAAUCCUAAAGGGGAAAGAAAGAAUGUGUCGAGAUAUCCUCAGUAUAUCUUUAAUGUUAAUUUGAUGUAAACCGCGGAUUCCUAGAUGCCACUUUCCUCGGUUCAAGGUUCAUCAAACCUAUUUAAUAGAGAUAUAAAAAAAAUAUGUAUCUAUAUUUUAUAUAUAUAUAUCCACACACACACCCACACAUACACACAUUCAUAUACAUAUAUUUCCACAAAUAUAUACUGCAGAAACUUGUAAAUUUAAAAAAAAUUCAGUUUCCAAUGAAACAAUGAUGUAAAGAUAAGUUUUUGAAACAUUCAAACAUAUACUGAAUG